CUGCAAACAUGGUCAGUUUUGCAGUAAAGACAAAUGAAAUAUUAGAAAACAUAAAUUACAUAAGAUGUAUUUCUUCUGCUCAGGUCUCUCCCUAUUAAUUAGUAAGCUGGCAGCUGUGUUUGAUAAUGUCACUAUUACUGUCAAGUGGCUUUUGCAUCCAUUUGAGGGAAAUCUCACGUGUACAGUCAACGCUGGAGACGGUCAUACAAUUGAUCCAUACAGCCCAGAAGAGAUGGAGAGCACUGUCAUUCACAAAUUUACUAGACCUGGAUUUUUUAUGGUCAGUGUUGAAUGCACCACAAGUGACUGGCAUGUUACAGCACAGAGAGCAAUAACCAUUCAGGAGCGGCUGGGAGAGUUUGGUGCUGUCAAGUGCUUUGGCCAAAACAUUUCAUUUAAUGAAAGCAAAUGCAAUGCAGCAUAUGGCAGGCCAGUACAAAUUCAAGUUUUCCUUGAAGCAGGUACAAAUGUUACCUAUACAACUGCGCACAAUAUUCAUGUGAUCACUAACUCUUCUGUGGACAGUGGCGUCACACCAUACAAUAUAACCCUAGACACCGCUUCUGUUGAGCGACUUGGACAAGGCUGCCACAACCUGACUAUAUCAGCUUCUAAUAAGAUUACAACUACGACAGUAUCCACAAACCUGCAGUUGUGUCUGCUUCAGCCAAUUGAGGGUCUGCAGGCUUCGGUGGAGGCAGAGGACGGACAGUGUCCCAACUCCUCUGAACUUGUUAUCAAUGUUUCUCUUGAGCAUGGAGCCCCAGUGCAACUCCUAUUCACUCUGACAGGAGCUCAGGACAGUAUCUCUGAAACUAGAGACAUGCUCAAUGGUAGCACACAAGCAUUUGUCUUCUCCUCUCCACUUGAAGGAUCUUUACAAGUUAAAGUGCGAGCCAUGAAUGCCUUCUCAGCCAUGGAUGCUGAUGUGGAUCUUGACAAGAUAUUUCUUGCAUGUCAUAAUGACACAGGCCAACAAGAAGAUCCAGUGGACGAUGAUUUUGGUGAUUUUAAAAUUAGCGCUUCUCCUUCUGCUCUGAUUGACUACAGUCAAAGUGUUCUCCUAAAAGCUGAAUCCUCAUCCUUACCCAGCGAAGGAAUUCAAUUCAGUUGGAGAUGCAAGGGCUCCUGCAAGUGUGUGAAUGAUACAGACCAUGAAUCUUACACAAUUGAAAAAGACUGUCUUCCAGAUCCUUUUGAAUUUGCUCAGUACACUUUUAUUGCAAAGAAGACACGUUGGUUUAGAAGUCCAGUUAAAGUUGCAGCAGCUACCAAGUGUAUCACUGUUUCUCCAAGGGAAUUCACAACUGUAACAAUAAGAUGUGAUAAUUGCACUUCAUUAAAUGUAAAUAGUCCUGUCACUAUGAAACUGCACUGUGAAAAGAACUGUCCGGUUGUAGUAUGGUAUUUGGAGGAUCUAACACUAUUGGCUAACAACCUUGAAAAAUGUUACUCCAAAGUGAGCAGAAGGCCUCCCACUGAAAAGCAGGAAGGAAACACUGAAUAUACUGUUAACAGUCGACAUUUGGAAAAAUCUAGAGAUACUAAGCAACCCAUUGUUGUGGUUGCUUAUGGAAAAUCUGAGGUUGGAUUUGCCAAGUAUACUCUCCCAGUACCAGAAUCUCAACCACCGCCGACAUCCAGCCCUGCUGUAGACACUGUUUCAUGUAGCAUCUCUCCAUCUGCUGGGACAGUGCUGGAUGCUUUUAACAUUAUUUGCAAAACAAGUUUGUCAUGCUCCUCAGGCUGCAUCUACUGCAUCAAAACAGACAUGGGCAAACACCUUAAAUGCAGUGAUGCACAUGAAAUAAAGUCAAUCUUCCUGCCACUUGGAGAUAUGAACAACAACUUCAGUUUAUCGUUAAUGGUGACUGUAAAAAAUGCAAACCAAAACGCAUCCACCAACAUAUCCACACAGGUUGUAGUAAGUAACACAGAGAGCUCAGUGGACGCCCUUCACACUGCAGUGGAUGACACAGUGAAUCAGUUAGAGCAGCAGGGCCUCCUCUCCGGUGAAACUCUGGGACAGAUAUUCACAUCAGUCUCAGAUAUGCUCAACACAGUGUCCAAAGAGGAGCACAAGGAUUCAAAAAAGAAGUUAAGAGAACAAAUGCUGACCAAAAUGACCAAAGUCCUGCAUGGGUCCCCUAGUAAUACCACACAGGGGGUCCAGGUGACAGCAAGAGCUGUGGCUGGUCUCACUCAACUGUCAGAUGAACUCACACCCAUUGCUCAGGAACAAGCUAGUUCAUUGUUGGUGGACCUCAGUGCCUCUCUGAACACUAUUAGUGUCUCUCAAUACACUGCAGAAGAAGAUAAAGAAGUGGUGCAAGCCGCUGCCCCAAUUGUAGAAGCAGCCAGCAAUAUUUUAAAUGUUUCAGCCGAUAAAAAAGUGUCAGAGUUUCUCCUAACUGGAAUCAACAAUGUACAAAGUGCUUUACUUAUGAAUAAAAAACUGAAUGGAGAGCCUGCCAUUAUUGAUUCUGGUCAGAUCAGUGUGUAUGUCAACAGGAUAACCCCACAGACUAUGCAGAUGAAGAAUAUCAAUGUACAGAAGAAUACAUCCUCUAGAUUUAAUUUUCCUGCCCUCCCUGCGGCUAUUGUCUCACCAGAAGAACCAGUGGAUGUAAGGAUGAUGAGUUUCACAAAGAAUCCAUAUGCUUGGAAAGAUGAAAACAUCACUGGGACAGUAGGAUCAGUCUCUCUAACCAGAAUGGAUGGCAGUGUAAUUGCUGUCCACGACUUACUAGAGGAGAUAGAGAUUUUCCUUCCUAGACUUGAUGUUGGACAGGAGAACAGCACUGAGCUAGACUUAGCCAAUUUCAGUACUUUGAUAAUAGACGUUCCCUCACCUGAUGUAACAUUAGUGCUGAGAAUGCAGCCAUCUGAAGACAUUUCUUUUGUAGCAUUUCUGGAAUACAAAGCUUACCCAACUUAUGAGAAAUAUGUAGCCAAGGCACAACUCCCUAUACAGGAAGCAAAAGAAGAGGAAAGGUAUACCUGGGUGGUGGGGCCAAAGGAUCGAGCUGAUGAUGUUGGCAUUUACUAUCUUGUUAUAAAGCCCAUUGUAGAACCUGGAAUCAAAUCAGUCAAUGCCACAGUUAAUGUUGUCACUAUUGCUGCUCAGUGUAAGUACUGGAAUGAAACUGAGUCAUUUUGGAGUGAAGAUGGCUGCAGGGUAAGUACUGAAAAGCUUUUGUCCAAUCUUUUUUUAGUAGAACUGAAGUAUUUAAUUUCCCUUUUGCAGGUUGGCCCACUCACCACACAUGCAGUAACUCAGUGCCUCUGUAAUCAUUUGACAUUUUUUGGAAGCUCCUUUUUUGUCAUGCCAAACUUGGUUGAUGUAUCACGCACUGCAGAACUUUUUGCUACUUUUACUACCAACCCUGUAGUGGUUUGUUUUGUUGGAGCCAUCUUUGUUGCUUAUCUUAUGGUUGUGGUAUGGGCACGGAGGAAAGAUAUCCAGGAUUCAACUAAAGUCAAGAUAACCUUACUAGAAGACAAUGAUCCUUUGGCAGAAUAUCGCUAUAUGAUCAAUGUCAGCACCGGACAUCGGCAUGGUGCAUCUACUUCCUCUCAAGUGACAAUAACAUUACAGGGGACAGAGGGAGAGAGCGAGCCCCACCACCUGACUGAUGCAGAGAAACCUGUAUUUGAGAGAGGUGGAGUGGACAUGUUUCUGCUUACCACUCAUUUUUCACUAGGAGACCUGCAGAGUAUACGACUCUGGCAUGACAACUCAGGAGCCCACCCUGCAUGGUAUGUCAAUAAAGUUAUGGUGCAAGACGUGGAGACUGGUCAAAAGUGGCACUUCCUGUGUAACUCCUGGUUGGCUAUAGAUGUGGGAGAGUGCACACUUGAUAAGGUUUUCCCUGUGGCAACGGAAAUGGACCUGAAGAGAUUUAGUAACCUGUUUUUCAUGAAAACUGCUAAGGAUUUCCGUGAUGGACACAUUUGGUUUUCGGUCAUCAGUCGUCCUCCCUGUAGCACAUUCACUCGAGUACAGCGUGUCUCCUGCUGCUUCUCCCUGCUAUUGUGCACCAUGCUCACAAGUAUCAUGUUCUGGGGCAUUCCAACAGACCCCUCUGAACAGACAAUGGAUCUAGGACACAUUGAGUUCACAUGGCAGCAAGUGAUGAUUGGCUUUCAAAGUUCAAUCAUCAUGUUUCCCAUAAAUCUGCUCAUUGUGAGUAUUUUCAGAAACACUCGUCCUCGAGAAAAAAACAAAACGGAAAUGUCCAAACAGGGGAAAAUUGGUAAAGUGUCCCCUUCUCAGAGUUCUCCUCAGAAAGAGCUAAAGGACAUCACACCAGAGACUGUGAUCAAGGACAUAAAACGAAUUGCGCAAUCCCUGUCAAAGGCCAUGAAAAGCCCACUUCCCCAUUUAGACCUCAAAUCUGGGCAACAGUGUGAUAUCAACACACUAUUAUCUCUGGUGGAGGACAUAAUCAAACAACAUAAUAGACCCUCUGAAGAUUUCUACAAUGACACAGCAAAAAAGGAGCGCUCUAUGAUCCUAUCUUUAGGCUCAGUCAGCUUGCAAGGAUCCAGUAUGUGGGAAGACUCAGAUAAAUCAUCUAAUACUGCCCAAAAGAACACCACAAGCUACAACCGAUAUCUGUACAGGCAACUGCGCCAUGUAGAAAAAGAGCUGGGUUUGUUGGGACCAUCUCGUUUCCCCAGUUCCAACAAUUACAACCGUGCACUGCAGCAGGUCCAUGGUAUGAAGUCUCUGCUGGAGUAUCAUCUCCCAAUGUCGUGUCUGGAAGGGGAGCAGCUAGACCUCAGCUCCACUCCUGAAGAAAGCAUCAGCGGAGAUCCCAAGAAGAAAGGCGGGCUUCCCUGGUGGUUUGUCUUCAUAGGGUGGAUAUUGGUGAUUGCGACCAGUGGUGUGUCUGGAUACUUCACAAUGAUGUAUGGGCUGACGUAUGGGAAAGAUCGCUCAGUAAGCUGGCUCAUCUCAAUGGUCGUCUCCUUUUUUGAGAGCCUAUUUAUUACCCAACCAUUAAAAGUUCUGGGGUUUGCUGCUUUCUUUGCUCUUGUUCUAAAAAAGGUUGAUCAAGAAGAAUAUGGAGAACCUCAGGUGGACGGACUUGUUAUAAAUUCAGAUGACCCAAAUACUGUGCGUGCUGCAAGAAGAGACAGCACCUGUAGUUUUUACCAACCACCACCUCCAACGGACAUUGAGAAGAUGAGGAACAAUAUGAUAAAAGAGCAAAAAGUAUUCAUCCUUAUAAGGGAGAUUGCAGCAUACACAGGAUUUAUGUGGAUGCUCCUCCUAGUGGCUUAUGGCCAGAGGGACCCCAAUGCUUACUUCCUGACUCAACACAUCCGGCAAAGCUUCAGCAAAGGCAUCUCAGACACUAUGAGUAUUCAGGACGUGUUUGGUUGGGCAAACACAACGCUAUUGAGCAACCUUUUUGGAGACUAUCCAGGUUUUAUAACAGAUGGUAACUCAAAGCUGGUGGGCAAUGCCCGUCUUCGCCAAGUCAGAGUCCAGCAGAAAUCUUGUCAUGUUGCUCUGUCCAUGAAGAAGUCUGUAUCAGAUUGUCACGCUCCCUACUCAUGGGAGUUGGAGGACAUGGGCUCCUAUGGUCCAGGCUGGACGUACAAUGUGCCUGAUAAUGAUACACAACAUCUGGAAAACCCAUGGAAAUAUCAGUCUAAGGGGAAGCUUCGAGCCUAUCCCAUCUGGGGAAGUGUGGUAGUCUACAGAGGUGGAGGGUUUGCAGUGGAUCUUGGCCCAAAUUACCAAAACUCCAGCAGAGUCCUGCAAUAUCUUUAUGACAACACCUGGUUUGAUGCAUAUACUCAAGCCAUCUUUGUUGAAUUUACUGUGUAUAAUGCAAAUGUAAAUCUCUUCUGCAUAGUUACACUGAUGCUGGAGACCACAGCCACUGGUGCUUUCCAGUUUCGCAGUGAACUUCAAAAUGUCCGUUUGUAUCAAUCUACUGGUGGCUUGCAUAUCUUUGUAAUGGCCUCUGAAGCUAUUUACUUUAUUUUCAUACUUUAUUAUAUGUUUGUUCAGGGGAAGUUAAUAAAGCAGCAAAAAUGGUCUUAUUUUAGAAGUAAGUGGAACUUCCUUGAAAUGGCCAUUAUUGUCCUGAGCUGGAGCGCCCUUUCUGUGUUCAUCAAGAGGACUUUAUUAGGGAAAAGAGACAUGGAGUAUUAUCAGAGCCACAAAGACCAAUUUGCCAGUUUCCAUGAAACAGCCAAGGCUGAUGCAGUGCUGGGGUAUCUGAUUGCGUUCCUGGUGUUGCUGGCUACAAUCAAACUCUGGCACCUGCUGAGGCUGAACCCCAAGCUGCACAUGAUCACCGCCACACUGCAGCGUGCCUGGACUGAUAUUUCAGGCUUCCUGGUGGUCAUAACCAUCAUGUUCCUUGCCUACUCUAUUGCUUCCAACCUGAUGUAUGGCUGGAAGCUGUACUCCUACAGAACACUACUGGACGCUGCACAGACCAUGGUCAGCUUGCAGCUUGGCAUUUUCAACUACGAAGAGGUUUUGAAUUACAACCCAGUACUUGGAGCUUUCCUCAUUGGCUCAUGCAUCGUGUUCAUGACAUUUGUUGUGCUGAAUCUCUUUAUUUCUGUGAUACUUGUGGCAUUUAGUCAAGAACAAAUACAUCACAAGCCAUCAGAAGAGGAGGAGAUAGUGGACCUGAUGCUGAUUAAAAUAUGCAGUUUGUUUGGGAUAAAAUGCAAGAAACAAGGUUGUGAUGGCACCAAUCAGAAACCAGCUUCAAAUAAUGGAAUUCCAGCCAUUUCUUCUGGGGUCAAUAAUGAAGGAUGAAAUGUCAAAGUAUAGUAUAGACUUGCAUAUUAUAGUGUUCAUAUGCCAGUAUGAUUCGUAUACUGCUCAUAUUUAAAUGUCAUAGUGUUAAGGCACGUUUUAAUGUUGCAUAAAUGUUAAAUACAGUGAAUAGAAAAUAUACAAUAUG